AUGAAGGCUUCCAUCCUCGGCAGCAUCCUCUUCGUGGCCCUGGCGACUGCCUCGCCCAUGGAGUCGCACCCGAGCCCCAACGGCGUAGCCAUGGACAUGGCCAUGAAGCGCGGCAUGGGCAUGGACAUGAAGGAUAUGCCGUCCGCCGAUAUGAACAUGAAACACGGUAUGAGGAUGGGCAAAAUGCCGUCCUCCAACGACGAUGAGGGCGUGGGUAUGAAGCGUGAGAUGGAUGUGGAUAUGGACAACGUGCCGGCUGACGGCGGCAACGACCCUAUGGGUAUGAACAUGCCCAUGGAGGGAAAGGGUCAACUUCCCGGCAUGGAGAUGGGUAUGCCGACUGGGGGUGCCAUGGAGGGUAUGCCCAGGGGUAUGCCCCGUGCUGAGAAUAUGCCCGGUAUGGACAUGGGAAUGGAUGAGGACAUGGUUGAGGGUAUGGGUAUGGGUCAGAACAAGGAGGGCAUGAUGGAAUAA